UUAAGGGUUUGCAUGGCUUCCGGUGACGCGAGUCACUUCUCGGUUGUAACUGUUAUUAGUUGCACUAUGGACUUUCCGCAAACCCUGUGAUGGAAAGAUUAUGUGUUGCUAUUUCAAAUAUAUAAGCCAGAAUAAUGAUUUGCAUACUGUUAGUUGCAGGACACGGCACGAUUUUAGAGACACAGAUCAAGAGUGAUGUUACAGGUCUGUAUGCUCAUCUGACCGGUGUGCCCAAAGCUCUGUUACCUGGAGUGGGGGGAAAGAAAAUAUUGGAUUUCUGGUGGGAAACCGUCAACACGCGCCAGCUCUUCAGUGAAGUCUAUCUGGUUACAAAUGCUGAUAAUUUACAGAUCGCAGGAGACAUGCUUUGUGCUGAUCAGAACUUUGAUAUUGCACAAGUCAUUCGCUUUUUCAGAUCUAAGCCUGGAGAACUUGCUAUAUAUUAUGAGCUGGAGUCAGGAGAGAAGAGCUACACCAGAGGAAUUGUUGAAGUUUGUCCAAACACCCAUCGAAUGCUGAAAACAGUACUGUAUUUGUACAGCAAUAGAAACUUGAAUUUUAAGAGGCUUUACUAUAUGUCAAUAUUAAUUUCUGUAGGAGAGUACAUUCCCUUAGACAUGAGCGACCUUCCCUGGUUCUGGCUAGCCUAUUUAGGCAAUCCAAGUGAUUCUGGACGAAUUCACAGUAAUGUUAGACAGCGCUGGUUGAACGGUGAAUCUGCUGUUGUUGAAGCUAUGAAAUCAUUUGCUGAGCUCACAGACCAAGCCCGGGCUGCCUUUCAGUGUAAAGACUGGCCCAGACUUGCACAGCUCAUGGAUGAAAACUUUGAGCUACGCCGGUCGGUGUAUACUGACGACUGUUUGGGCCCUGGAAGUCUGAAAAUGGUACAGCUUGCGAGACAGUUUGGAUCUGCAGUCAAAUUGCCUGGCAGUGGUGGUGCUGUGGUUGGAUUGUGUAUGGACACUGAACGGCUGGUAUGGUGGAUCUUGUUUUUAAUUUAAUUUACAUUAUGUGUGAAUUACCGUAAUUAGGAGGAAACAACUUACUGUAGAGAUUCUGCUCAGAGCUGUUCAUGUGCUAUUGGAAAUUGUUUCUAUGACAAC